CAGGCCAUCGAGCGGGUGAAGAAAGGCGAACGGCAGGCGUCGGUGUGCCGGGCCUUCGGGGUGCCGGGGGGAACGCUGCGGGGCUGGCUGAAGGACGAGGCCAAGCUGCGGUGGUUCCUGGAGCAGCUGGGGGGGGGGGGGGGGACCCACCGCAAGAAGAUGCGCUUGGCCAACGAGGAGGAGAUCGACCGCGCCGUCUACGCCUGGUUCCUCGCUCUCCGACAGCACGGCGUCCCCCUCUCCGGGCCCCUCAUCCAAGCCCAGGCCGAAGCCUUCGCCCGGCAGAUCUACGGGCCCGAGUGUACCUUCAAGGCCAGCCACGGCUGGUUCUGGCGCUGGCAGAAGCGUCACGGCAUCUCCAGCCAACGCAUCUACGGCGAGGGCGGCCUCCCUGCCGAGCCCGAGCGGGCUCCCGCCCCCUGCCCCGAGACCUAUUUGACCGGCUCCCACAAGCUCAAGCCGCUGGUGGUCGGGGGCCUUCGCGAUCCCCCCAGCCUCCGCCAUCACAACCAGGACAAAUUCCCUGCUUGCUACCGCUACAGCCCCGAAGCCAGGCUGGGGCCGGCCCUUCUCCGGGCUUGGUUCUUUGAGGACUUCGUGCCAGGCGUCAAACGCUAUCUGCGCCGGAGCUGCUUGCAGCAGAAGGCCGUGUUGUUGCUCAGCUCCCCGCCACCCUCCUCCGGGACGGGCCCCGAGGAAUCCCCCCCGCUGCAGACACCUGACGGCUCCAUCCGUGCCCUCUUCCUCUCCAAGGGCCCUGCUGGGAGCGGCUCAGUUGGAGGAGGAGGCCGAAUCCCAGCGCCACUGGAGCAGGGGGUGGUGUCCGCCUUCAAGCAGCUCUACAAGCGGGAAUUGCUGCGCCUCGCCGUCUCGUGCACGGCUGGUGGCAGUGGUGGCUCGGGUGGUCCCAUGGACUUUGUGCGGUCCUUCCUCCUCAAGGACAUGUUGUACCUGGCCGGCCUCUCCUGGGACCUCAUCCCCCCCGGCUCGAUUGAGAAGUGCUGGCUGCUGGGGCUGCGCGCUGCCUUCGAGCCUCAGCCUGGGGAGGAAGAGCACGGAGACCCUCCGCAUGGGGAGGAAGGUGGUGGGGACAGCAAAGUCUUUAGCGACCUGACCCACCUGGCUGCAUUGGCCUACAAGCGCUUGGCUCCCGAGGAGGUGGCCGACUGGUUGCACUUGGAUGACGCAGCCCCGGGUAUGGAGGAGGACGAUGGGGAAGAGGAUGCUGAGGAGGAAAGCCCCGGGGGCUGCGGGGCAGAGGAAGAGGAGGAGGAG